AUGGACCUCGACAACAUAUGGGACGAACCUAUACUCCAGGACUCUCCAAAGCGUCCCAAAUCUAUUGUAAAUGAAGAUGAUAGCGAAGAAAUUCUGCCACAACCAACGAAGCGCCCUCGUCAGGCGUUAUUUCUUGCCGACUCGGAUGACGAUGAUGUUGAGGUACCACCCAGUAGGGUCGUGCAGAGAGCGCCUCCAGCGCAAGAUAUAGAUAUCGACGCGCUUUUCGCAGAUAUUGAUAAUGAAGAAGAAGUUGGAGCCUUUCAACCGCUCGCACCGCGUCUCAGCGACGCAGAACUAGCACGACAAGCUGAGGAGCGGGCAAAACGAGAUGCGCCUCUGCCAUUUACGCCCCAUCAGAUCAUUCCAAGCAGUUCUCCCCAACGAGAUACUGGGAAUCCAAAUAGAAGCAACUCAAAAAGUGGAACGAUGGAUGAUCCGGAUAAACAAGAGAAAAAGGAACGCCGCAAGCUCGCAAAACUCGACGAAAAUCGAUUACUUAGUAAAUCGGGGUUUCCAGAACUUAUUAGGAUGACCAAGGACUUUAGAAUGAAAGGAAAAGGCCAUGAGGCAACAGAUUUAAAUCGGCUACUUCAGACAUACCAAUACUGGACGCAUCAGCUAUACCCUAAAACCCAAUUCCGGGACACAGUCGAGCGCGUUGAAAAGCUUUGCCAUUCACGUCGCAUGAAUGUGGCACUGUCGGUUUGGCGCGAUGAGGCACACGGACGGCCAAGUAAGCAAACCAACACCAGUGAGGGGGAGGAUAGUGAAGACGAAGAUGGGCAAUCAAAAAACCAAAACACAAGUCCCUCUCGUGCAUCGUCGCCGCCUCUUUCUGCUCCUCCAUCUGAAGGGGACAUGUUGGAACGACCUUCCCCCCAAAGUUUCGAAGCCCCACCCAAUUCUGGUCGCGACGAAGACGAACAAGAAGAUUUCUGGAGAUCAUUAGAUGAAUUCAACAAUGAUACCUCGUCCGAGUCCCUACCUGUUCCGACGACAGCACCCAGUUCGACUAUGGAUGAGGAUGAAGAAAUGUGGGAUCUCAUAGACGAAGUUGAACGGGCUGAACAAGCUGCCAAACAAUCGGCCAGCUCCAAUGCGGCGGCACCUUCCACAGAGCCUCCAGGGAACCAUAAUCUGGAAGAAGACGAAUGGGAAGAUAUGUAUCUAUAA